UCUUUUCUUUAAUCGGUGCAACUAUGCGUUUUAUCUGCUAAUCUCCGAAGAGGAGCAGAAUCGUCUUCUCCAUCGUGUUAGGGUUUGCGGAGUUGUUAUUUCCCUUUGUUUUGUUUCUUCGUACUCAGGGAUAGAAGCAGCUCCAAUCCAAAUCAUGUGUUUUUGCAACUAAUUAACUCUGCAAUCCAACGUCACAUCACGGCGUCGCAGUUCCUCCAAUCUUUCACUAAAGAUUAUGGACAGUGUCGUGCGUCCACUGCACGAUAUUUUGUUCCUUUCCGUCGAUCACGUGCUCUGCCUCUGACCUCCAACCCUAAUUUCACUCUUCGUCGUCUCAGUUCCCGCCUCUCCAAAGCUACUGGUUUUUAAUAAUGGAUGGGGAUCAAAACGAGUUGGGUACUGUGGGUGAAGGGAAUGUUGAUAUUGGACCUCAGACGUUGAAUAACUUGGACUUGAAUGUGGAGCAGAACUGUUGCAGCUCAAAUGUUGCUCACGCUAGUGACACUCAAUCCUGUCAUCCUUCUUCAGCAAAUGUACUUAGCGGUGAUACUGUAUUGGGAAUUGGUACGGAAUUUGAGUCCGAUGAUCAUGCAUACCAAUUCUAUAACAAGUAUGCCAGAUUGUUGGGUUUCAAUGUUAGAAAAGAUUGGAUAAAUAGGAGUAAGGUGCAUGGUCAAGUGGUGUCUAGGAAGUUUACUUGCUCCAAAGAGGGAUAUCGCAGGAAAGACAAAAGAGAUGCUAAUGUGAAGAAACAUAGGAAGGAAACGAGAUCUGGCUGCUUGGCACAUAUGAUUGUCACUCGGCAACCAGAUGGUAAAUACCAGGUCACCCAUUUUGAAGCACAACAUAAUCAUGACAAUAUAAACUCUAACUCUAACAGUGCUAACAUGUUAAACUUGCAAAAUGAAUUUAGUGUUGCUCAAGCUGUGGAAGCUGACUCAAACAAUAGUUUGGGACCUAAAUCAAAGUCAGCACUAGAUGUGUUGAAUAAAAAAACAAGUGCCCGUGAAUCUCUUGAUCUACUUUCAAUGAAUUAUGAUAAUUACCUUCAUUAUGCGAGGGAAAGAGAUAUGAAGGAAGGAGAAGCAGGGCGUUUGCUUGGUUACUUCCAAAGGCAACACUUUGAAAAUCCAACAUUUUUUUAUGCCAUACAGCUUGAUGUUGAUGACAAGGUUAGCAAUAUUUUUUGGGCUGAUGACAAUAUGGUGGUGGAUUAUGAACAUUUUGGUGAUGUAAUUUGUUUGGAUACAACUUGCAGAACAAACAAAGAUCUUCGGCCAUUUGUACAGUUUUUAGGUAUUAACCAUCACAGACAAGUGUUAAUCUUUGCUGCUGCUUUUCUGUAUGACGAUUCCAUUGAAUCAUAUAAUUGGCUAUUUCGAACUUUCAUUAGUGCAAUGUCUGGGAAAAAGCCAAAGACCAUUCUCACAGAACAAGAAGCUGUAAUUAUUGAAGCCAUCAAUACGGUUUUAUCUCACACAAACCAUUGUACAUGUGUAUGGCAGUUGUAUGAGAACACUUUGAAACACCUCAGCCAUGUUGUUAAAGAUGCUGAAUCUUUUGCAAACGAUCUAAGGAGAAGUAUUUAUGACCCCAAGGAUGAGGAAGAAUUUACUCAUGCUUGGGAGGCUAUGCUGGAGAAGUAUAAUCUCCAGCAAAAUGAAUGGCUGAGAUGGAUUUAUAGAGAAAGAGAGAAAUGGGCUGUUGUCUUUGGUCAGAAUACAUUUUUUGUAGACAUCAAAGGCUUUCAUUUAGGUGAGAUUUUGUCUAAAAAAUUUAGAAAUUAUCUAAAUCCUGACCUUGAUGUGCUUCAAUUUUUUAAGCAUUUUGAAAGGGUAGUAGAUGAGCAGCGUUACAAAGAAAUAGAAGCUAGUGAGGAAAUGAGCAGGUGUUUGCCAAGGCUAAUGGGUAAUGUGGUUUUGUUGAAGCAUGCAAGUGAUAUUUAUACUCCAAGAACAUUUGAAGUAUUUCAGCGAGCAUACGAGAAGUCUUUAAAUGUUCUUGUUAACCAACACAGUAGAAAUGGAUCAUUGUUUGAGUACAAAGCAAAUACAUUUGGGCAUACUAGACAAUACAAUGUCACCUUCAAUUCUUCUGAUGACACAGUUGUCUGCAGUUGUAUGAAGUUUGAGCGUGUUGGUAUUCUGUGUAGCCAUGCACUAAAAGUUCUUGAUCAUAGAAACAUAAAAGUAGUUCCAUCUCGGUACAUCUUGGAUAGAUGGACAGGACAUGCAAGGUUGGGAAAUCUUAGGGAGAUUAGGCAAUGUAAAAUGCAAGAUAAUCCUAACAUGGUUGUCACAAGCUGUUACAAAGAUUUGUGCAACAGACUGCUCAAGUUAUCAGCAAGAGCCUCUGAAUCUAUGGAGGCUUAUCAGUUUGCCGCAAGGCAACUUGAUGAAGUGAUGAUAGGAGUGGAGAAAAUCUUGACAUUAAAAGUUGAGCAACGUCAAGUUAUCACCUCAAGUAAUAUUGAUGCAAAUGCUUCAGAAAAUGAGCCUGCAGAGAUCUUUCUGAAUGGACAUUCAAUUGAGGAUCAGGAUGAAAGUAACAGAGCAAAUGGAGGAAAAGACAGGAGAGCUACAUCAGAUAGGGGCUAUCUAACAACCAUGACUUGUAAUGGAGCUGAUUCUGAUAGGAUUUUGAAUGUAGAAGUAUCUCCACCAAAUACCGUUGUAUGCAUUUCAAGCCCCUCGUCUGCAUAUGUUUCAUCUCAUUCUGCAACACCAAAUCCCAUUCUGCAGGGUUUGUACGGUUUUGAAGCCAAUCAAGUGGUUCACUGCAUGUAUGAACAGACUAAUCAUGUGCUCGACCAUCAAUCUAAUUCUAACACCUUACAACCACCAAACAUCUUUUCUAACCAACAGGAUUCUCCUGGUCAAUCUCAGCUGCUGCAGGAGCCUAUAAUCCAGAGCACAUACCAUGCGUCCAUGCUCAGCAAUAAUCAGAUGUGACAGGGGAUGGAUCUUGACAUCCGAAAUCCACAUUCCUCUUCGUUCUUGCUGUAUGACCAUAGAUACAGAAGUUCCAAGUCUGCAUGAAGUACAAGGGGAGAACAUGGUUAAAUCAUUUUCCUCUAAUACUCUUUUGGUAGGGCCAAUAUUUUUGCUGUACAGUGGGGAUUGAUCUAGUCAUAAGCAUUGAAAACAGAUUCAUCCUUCUUUCUUUGUAAAUAACCAAACAUUCAUCAUACCAUAUUGUGUAGCUCAUAUGAACAUUACUUAAUUGAAUGCGAUGGCCACACAACUUUUUUGGAAUGAAAGCUAACAUAUAUCUACAAAUAUAUUUAUAUUUUUUUUG